AGCUGCCAGCGGACUGUGUUCUUCAGAACAGAGGCGAGUCUUCCAUCCCUGCAAGCGCUAGAUGAGAAUGGCAUUUCUCCAGAGCUGCAGAAGAGGAAUAUGAAUGGACCCUGUGGUGUUCAGCCCACAAACAUCCAGGAAAACAGAACUAUGCUGUUUACGAUUGGCCAGUCCCAAAUCUUCAUCGUGAGUCCAGAUACAAAGAAAGUUGCCAUAGAAAAAAGCUUCAGAGAAAUCUCCUUCUGUUCUCAGGGAAUUCGGCAUGUGGACCACUUUGGAUUCAUCUGCAGGGAGUCUUUAGAAAACGGGACCUGCCAGUUUGUCUGUUAUGUGUUCCAGUGUACCAAUGAAGCACUGGUGGACGAGAUCAUGCUGACCCUGAAGCAGGCGUUCAGCGUGGCGGCCGGGCAGCAGAGUUCCAGGACGCAGGCCCUGCAGUGCGCCAGCUGUCCCAUGCAGCACCUCCACAGGCUGUGCGCGAGGAUAGAGGGUCUUCAUCCAUCCAAAGCCAAGCUUGAACUGCAGAAACAUGUCGCAACACUGAACAACAAGGAUCAGGCAUCGAUCUUUGAAAGAACUCAGAAAGCGAGACCAAAGUCCGAGCAGGAGGAAAACGAGCUGGUGAUGUCAAACUUGAGGUUGCUCUAUGAGGAGAGACAGAGGACCCAUGUGCACAGCAAUAAUGGGGAUCUGAAGCAGUCAUCGCAGAAUGUGCCAGAAGAUCCGCCCACUGAGAUGAGCAGCAGUCGGAUCCGCCUGGAACAGCUGAAGUCCCGGGCCAAGAAGUCUCUGACGGAGUCUCUGGAGGGCAUCUGGAAGGGAAACAGCAGGUACAGAGGUCAGAAGGAGAGCUUCGAGAGUGUAGAAGCUGGCAGCUCUUCCUCUUUUACGACACUGAGCAGCAACAGCAGGGAGCCCUCGCUCUCUGAAGCGACGGUGACGCCGGUGGCGGCCAGCCCGCUGAAGGCCCACAGCUCCACGGGGGACCUCAAGCUCCUGGAGAGCCCCUCCCCCGACCUGCAGAGGCUGGCGUUCAGGCGCAGGGCCAACACCUUCAGCCACCUGCCCGCCUCCCACCAGCCGCCCUCGCAGGCCCUGGAGGAGUCCCCCAGCGUGGCCAAGCCCAAGCUCCUGAGGCACCACUCCGUCGGCACCGAGACGCCCCACCAGCGCAAUGACCUGGACAUCAGGUCCAGCCCAGGACGCGAUGGCUCCGACAGCCCCAUGAGGAUCCGCAGGCACUCUUGGCGGCAACAGAUCUUCUUGCGAGUGGCCACACCACAGAAGAGCUGCGACUCCUCCGGACGAUACGAUGACAGGAGCGAUGCCGGGGAGGCGCCCCCGCGAGCGGCGCUGGGGCCCGGGCUGUGCGAGGGGCUGCUGGGCCCGGUGGCGGAGGAGCGGAAGAGGACCCGGCAGGAGCUGCGGGAGCUCUGGAGGAAGGCCAUCCUGCAGCAGAUCCUCCUCCUGAGGAUGGAGAAGGAGAACCAGAAGCUGCAAGCCUCAGAGAGUGACCUCCGGAACAGGCGACUAAAGCUGGAUUAUGAAGAAAUCACGCCCUGCCUGAAAGACGUGACCUUGGUUUGGGAGAAGAUGCUCAGCACACCUGGCAGAUCAAAGAUCAAGUUUGAUAGAGACAAGAUCCACACUGCAAUGGGGCAAGGGGUCCCCCGCCAUCACCGUGGGGAAAUCUGGAAGUUUCUGGCGGAGCAAUACCAGCUGGCCCACCUGGUACCCAACCAGUUCCCACCCAAGGGCACCCCCUACAAGGAGCUCCUGAAGCAGCUCACCUCCCAGCAGCACGCCAUACUCAUCGAUCUGGGUCGUACCUUCCCAACACACCCUUACUUCUCUGCCCAGCUGGGGGCUGGACAGCUGUCCCUCUACAACCUGCUGAAGGCGUACUCCCUGCUGGACCCAGAGGUGGGGUACUGCCAGGGGCUGAGCUUCGUGGCCGGAGUCCUGCUGCUCCACAUGAGCGAAGACGAUGCCUUCGAAAUGCUGAAGUUCCUCAUGUACGACAUGGGCUUGAGGAAGCAGUACAGGCCCGACAUGAUCAUCCUGCAGAUCCAGAUGUACCAGCUCUCACGCCUGCUUCAUGACUACCACCGAGACCUGUACAACCACCUGGAGGAGUACGAGAUCAGCCCUAGCCUGUACGCUGCCCCGUGGUUCCUCACCAUGUUCGCCUCCCAGUUCCCUCUGGGCUUCGUGGCCAGGGUCUUUGAUAUGCUCUUCCUCCAGGGGGCGGAGGUCAUCUUCAAGGUGGCGCUAAGCCUGCUGGGCAGCCACAAGCCCCUCAUCCUUCAACACGACAACCUGGAGGCCAUUGUGGAUUUCAUCAAAACCACUCUGCCCAAUCUGGGCCUGGUACAGAUGGAAAAGACCAUUAACCAGGUGUUUGAGAUGGACAUCUCCAAGCAGCUCCAGGCCUACGAGGUGGAGUACCACGUCCUACAGGAUGAGCUAAUGGACUCGCCGCUACCCCUGAGCGACAACCAGAAGAUGGAGAAGCUGGAGAAGACCAACAGCAGCCUGCGGCAGCAAAACCUGGACCUUUUGGAGGAGCUACAGAUGGCUCACGCAAAGAUCCACAGCCUGGAGGCCCGAGUGGAGAACCUGGUGGCCAGCGAGGCCAAACUCAAGCAGACGGUGCGCACUUUGGAGCUGGAGAGAGCCGCCCUGCUGGACACAGUGGCGGAGCUGAGAGAGUACAUCAGCACGCUGAAUACCGCCGAGGACAGCACCGGUCAGCCGGGGCCCGAGAAACUGGAGACUGACCUGUCCUGAAGUGUUUGGGCAGAGUGUUUGUGUGUCCUUGUUUUUGCCGAGAGAGAGAGAGGGAGGGAGGGAGGCGGUUUUUUUUUACCCCAGAUUUCCAUGGCGACGCUACGACAGGAAGUUGUGCACUUUCCAUUUCUGGGGACACAGCUUCUCGGCUACGGGGCCCGCCGAAUAAAAAUUACUUUGAGCUGCGAGAGCCAGCCCCCUCCCUCACCGCCGCUGACAGCGUCCCAACCGAAUCGAACACUGCUGUAGACUGUCACCUCAAGCAAAGCUCCGGCGAACCUUAAAACGCACCUCGAGAAAUGCCUUUGAAUAUAACCAUUUGUUACACUAAGCACACCAAUAGCACGCGGAAGAAAGCCGGUUACUUCUUUAGGAGGGGAGGCGGAGCAGUGCAGUCGAGGGAGACGGCUGUUUCUGUCCUGCAGGGGAGCUGGCAGCAUCGCAGCCUCUCCAGUUUAAGUGAUCUGGCACUCGCACCUAUUUUUUUAUAUGCGUUUUGUAUUCUUUGUGAGUGAAAUCACAGUAAAGAUCUGUUCUGUUUGUG